GGGAGGCUCCUAAUGGACGGACUGACUGGUAGGCGUGAGGACCGAGGGGCAAGGAGCAAGGAGAGAGACGGUUGUAUGACACGGCAGCUGUGCAGGAUGGGGGAUGCGACCCGCUUGAGCAUAUACCUUCCUAGUAUACGUGGGUUAAGGAUGGUGUUGACGAGGUUGACUGACGAAAAGGAGCGGGUGCAGUAGGAGGGAGUGCCGUACCUGUUGACCAUGAGACGUGUCGGACAGCUGGAUAAGGCUGAGUGAAGAUCACCGUGGGUGUUAUGACCGGAUGUACGACUGCAGUGCCCGCAGAGCGGUCAGUGCCGUCCUAAGCGUGGUACACGCGGUUCCUCUUCGUCCGAGACAGCCCAAGAGGGCUGACCAGAUACCGUUUCUGUCGCAGUCUGAUAUGCUCGUUGCACGACCGCAAUCCAGAUAUUGUAGGAAGCUAUAUGCGUCUAGGUGGGAGGGGAUAUACCGCGGUGGAAGGUUAUUGAUGCAGUGAGAGACGAGACGCGUCCGAGGAAUGAGUAAAGCAGCAGUGAAUCAACUGUCCAUUCCCGAGUAGAUCAAUUGCUUGGUAUGAUGCCAAUCCAGCAGCAGUGAAUGCACACGUCGUAUCCUGCCAUGAUGUCGAUGCAGGAAAGGAAAGUGACUAGCAGGAGUAAAGGGAAUUCGCUGCUCCACGGCGAGUGUACAACGAGGACUCUGCAUGGUCGGCGUCAUCCAUCCUGCGAUGGUAAGUAAGAAGGCG